AAAACCCGACCCGUUCUGAAACAUGGCGGGUAUCCUCUUAAACCCUAACAGAAACACAAAAGUUACUUUAAACCCUUGUUUGAGAGAGAGAGAGAGAAUGAAUCGUAGCCGUUGGAUGAUGUCGUCGGGAGCGGGGGAGCUGGUGAGGAAGCUCUGUACGGCGGUGGCGGCGGGGGGUCGGCGUGACAAUCCGGAUAGGCUGUACCGGAGGUUAUCGGCUUUGGGAGGAAGCGGGAGGAGCGCGGCCACGGCCUUGAAUGAUUACAUCAUGGAGGGCAGAACGGUCAAGAAAUAUGAGCUCGAGCGCUGCAUCAAGGAGCUCCGCAAGUACCGCCAGUACCAGAAUGCUCUCGAGAUAAUGGAAUGGAUGGAGUUUAGGAAAAUUCAUUAUGCUUUGCCUGACUAUGCCGUACGGUUGGAUCUUACGGCGAAAGCCAAAGGGAUAGAGGCAGCUGAGAGUUACUUCAGCAAUUUAGCACCGUCUGCGAAGAACAAAUUGACUUACGGAUCCCUUUUGAACUGUUAUUGCAAGGAAGUGAUGGAAGAGAAGGCAUUGGCGCUUUAUCAGAAGAUGGAUGAGUUGGACUGUGCCAACUCUACUCUGGUUUUUAACAAUCUCAUGUCUUUGUAUAUGAGAAAGGAGCGGCCGGAGAAAGUGGCGCCUUUCGUAGAGCAAAUGAAGCAGAGGGAGAUAUCUUUAGAUACGUUUAGUUACAAUAUCUGGAUGCAGAGCUAUGCCUCUUUGAAUGAUAUUGAAGGCGUGGAGAGAGUUGUGGAAGAGAUGCAAAGCCAAGAUCAAGACAAAUGCAACUGGUCAACAUAUAGUAAUCUGGCUUCCAUCUAUGUAAAGGCGCAGCUUUUUGAGAAGGCUGAGCUAGCGCUUAAAAUGUCGGAGAAAAUGAUGAUACCGCUGAAGCAGCGCCAGACGUACCAUUUCUUGAUUACCCUCUAUGCCAACACUGGUAAUCUAGGUGAGGUCAAAAGAAUAUGGGAAUCCCUCAAGUUAGCUUUCCCAGAAACCACCAAUAUGAGCUAUAUACUUGUGCUUCAAGCUCUAUGUAAGCUAAAAGAUGUUGAGGGUUUAAAAGAAUGCUUUGAGGAGUGGCAGUCCAAUUGCUCCAGUUAUGAUAUGAGGUUAGCAAAUGUAGUUAUACGUGCUUAUCUUAGUCAGGACAUGCAUGAAGAAGCGCUGUUGAUCUUUAAGGAUGCUACUAAGAGGUCUAAAGGGCCUUUCUUCAAGGCUCGAGAAAUGUUCAUGGUUUACUUCUUGGAUGCCCGUCAGGUUGAUUCAGCCAUUAGCUAUUUGGGAGAGGCGAUUUCAGAAACCAAGGAUGAGAAUUGGCAUCCGUCUCCAGAAAUCAUUGGUGCAUUUUUUAAGUAUUUUGAGGAAACAAAAGAUGUUGAUAGCUCUGAAAACUUUCAUAAGAUUCUGAAGCGUCUAAAUUGUCUCAGUUCCAAUGAGUAUUCUUUGUUGCUUAAGGUUUAUCUAGCAGCUGGUGAAUUACUUCCUGAGAUAUGUCAGAGAUUGAAGGAAGACAACAUUCAAAUAAGCCCCGAGCUUGAGGAAUUGGUGGAGAGGGUUUCCCCAACUACAUCGACAGCAUAGCAGUCCCCUAGUUUUGACAGUUUUUGGCAUUUUGUAAUUCCUUUAACUUAUACACGGGAACCUCUGUAGUUUUCUGAACUCAAGAUUGUUAAAGGCUGGUUGUAGUGGUUUUCGGCUAUCCAAAAUUGAAUCUCAAUCUGAUUUCAUAUUUGUGCUAUCAAGCGUCUACUCAAAAUUGUCUUCACAAACAUCUUGGGAUCCAAGGUCUUUCGAUAACUCUCAGAUUGUGGUUUCAGGUAUUUGGUCUUUUAUUUUUGUAUUUUGACCGUCUCUUUGAUGAUUGCUCAUGUAAUAUUUGUUUUGGGCCGCAGUUCGUUGUGCUUGGCCUUUAUGGUGUAUUGAUGUAAGAUGCAACCUCAUAUUAGAAAGUCAUCAGUGGUAAUCGUGUUAGACUUUGAUGAAACUCACAAAAUCCUUUUCUUAUUUGAUUUAUUUUUUUUGUCCAGAAUGUACGAAAAUAAAUGUGGGUUUUACCAUUGAGAUUCUUGAUGAGUUUUGCUUUUUUUAUCUUUUGGUCUGAUGAUGAGUUUUGCUGGAUUUGUAGAAAUAAAUGUACAUCUGUGUCUGCGUUUCUCUUUUUCUUUUUCUUUUUUUCUUUCUCCGGAAGGCUGUGCUUUUAAAAGACCAGAGGUGUUGACUGGGAGAGAUGGACACAGGAUGGUUUUGGUAAUCCUGUUGUGAGUUAGAAUAUCAUUCCUCUCUAACCUAAAGUUAUUGUCUUAUGGUUUGAUUGAAUGGUUCUUACUUCUUAGGUUCUCAGGCACCAUUAUGGAUUGUUUGUUAGAGUUGGCUUGCAAUAGCAGGAGCAUAUUUGAAUUGUGUGUGUUUUUGUGUAUAUGUGAGUAUUUUCACAUACUUUUUUUUUUUCUUCUUGAUAAUUGCUGGUAUUAUUUCUUUCUUAAUUUGAGACUGAACCGAACACACAAAGAACUCUUAUUAGGACAUCAAUAGGUAUCCCAUUAAAUUGUGGAAUGUAAAGUUGAAAGAUGAGUUCCUUUUAGCAAAUCACAUAUAUUUUACACUAAUACACAUAUAAGAAUUAGAUAUAAAGAGCUUUGAUUGAUUAUUUUUUUUUGAAUGGUUGACUGAUACUAUUAUAAUAGUCUCUGGUAUGAACUGCCUCAAAGACUUCAAUUUCUCCACGUCACUUCCUUGGAGAAAUCAAUAAUCUAUGCAUGAUGGGUUUUGUUGUUUAGUUGCCUUACGUUGCCUUAUAUACAUAUAUAUUGUCUUCUUGUUAGUUUUCCUAUGAAUCAUUUUUUUUAAAAAGAAUUUUUUUUCCUCUAUACUGCAAGUUAAGGGAGCAGAAUUUUUGGUCAGCAUAAACAAGUGCAAUUUUGUAAAACGAGGUAGAAACUAAACUACCUCUUAACCAAUUGAUUGAGUUUCACUCUUUUUUCACUGGCUUACAUACGUCAUGUCCCUCGGUUUGUCUUCAACUGUUGAUUUUUGUUUUUAGUUUUCCUCCUCAACUAAUUAGCUUCCAUCAGAAACCUAAUUUGAGGAGUGUAGAAGGUAGAAAUUGCUAUUCAAUGAUUUCCAGGGUACUUGGAAGUGUUUUGUUCAAUUAUGAGUAGAGUUUCUUUGUUUAUAAACGUGCAACCUGGUUCUUGUAGACCUGAUACAGACUGGAAGCAGAAGUCUCCAUCCUCUUGAUUGAGAAUUGUUGGCAAAUGAUGUAGAUGUUCAGUUUUGUUCAAACUAUCCACCUUCACAGGGAGAGAGAACAAGGUAGCGGAUAUCCUCUCCAAAGCAAGUUUGACCAACUCUGAAGGUUUUUCAAUUUCCACAGGCCUCCUGAUAUUUACUGAAGCAUUACUUCAUGAUAUUGGUGUUUUUGUAGGCCUAGGAGAAUUAUGACCAGCUAGCUUCUUUUGUUUUUUGUUUCUUUCUGGGCUUUUAGUCUCCACUGUAUCAAAGAAAAACAUGCAACUUGGUUGAUCCGAUUCUGUCUAUCUAUAUUUUGUUUUUGUC